AUGGAAUAUAAUAAACGAUAUCGAAGAAAUAUAGAAAUGAACAGACGACAACAUAUACUAUCAUCAAAUAAUUCAUUUGUUGCUGGGGAAGCUAGUUCCAGUGACGAGCAGUUAAGAAAGAGAAGAAGAAGAAGAAAUCGAAAUCAUGCUCAGAGAGGCAAUCGUGGUAUGAAUGAAAUUGAUCAUUCAACUAAUGAACAGCAAUUGUCUCAUGGCAAUGCAACUGUUGAAGAAAGUGACAUACCAGGAUUCGUAUAUGACAGUGUAACCAAACGGUACUACAGAGUGCAACCACAAGCUAGUGGCCCCAAUAUUGGAUUCCGUGAAAGCGAUUUAAGAGACAUUCGGCAGCAUAAAUCAUUUAUGGCUGAACGUGAACGAUGUUGUGCUAAAUCUUGUCCGUCUGUUUCAUGGUUACCAAAAAUAAUGCAAAAUAGAGAAUUACGUGGUUGCAAUAUAUUACGACUUACACGUUUAGUUACUGAAGGAGCAUUACGUGGCGUCCGAAAAGAGCCUAGUUACGUUCAAACAGGAUAUACAGAUAUUGAGGCAUUGCAUUCUUGUCAUUAUAUGGACAUCAGCACAGAUGGGAAAACUAUCGUUGGAUGUUGGUCCGUGAAACGACGGCGAGAUGAAGGAUGCAGGGAUGCAUGUGGUGCACGUAUCAUUUGUUUUAAAGCUACAACUGGUUCUUAUCAUAAGAUGAAGAUAGAAAGUGAAUAUCGAAGUAAAUUUGGAUUGAAAAUUCGAAACAGUACAUAUUGCGCAAAUCUGAUAAAAUCAAAUUUAAUGGAUAUGUGUGUCGAGCCAAUAAAUGACAAUAUCACAUGUGCAUUGUACGUUACGACACAGACAAUUGUUACCAUGCAUAAUCGAUUUUCAACUUUAAGUCGAGUUUGCAUUGAACCAGUGGCUGAAUUUUCCUCAGUUUAUGAUUCGACGGAAUUACAUUUGCCAUCUUAUAACAUGACAUGGACAUGUCAGGAGUAUGUACGUGCAAUAACUUUCAAUAGAAAUGGAAUGGAGAUUGGAAUUGGACUGGAAAAAAAUGCUAUGUUGUUGAAUAUUUCUACGGAACAAACUACUCGUAUUAGCAGUUUGGAAAAGGGUGUUAUGAGCCUAGCUUUUAGUACGGAUGGAAAUUUAUUAUUUAUGGGUCUAAUGGGUGGUAAUGUAAUUUGCUCAGAUUUGCGAAUGAGUAAUCGUGAUAUUGUUGCUACUUACAAUGAUACGAAAAAUGUUGGUUGGUUGAAAACGUUACGAACAAAGCUUGAUAUGUUUGUUACCGAAGAUCAUUUUGGAAUCAUAAAAUUUUGGGAUAUUCGGAUGUGUAAACCUCAAUUCAAAAUUGAAGAUAAUAUAAAUCCUUAUAAUAAAACACCGAUGCAUCUCGAGAAGGAUGAAAGGAUUCUCUUCUCAGCUACCUCAGACGGAAUCACUCGAGCUUGGUCAACAUAUAAUGGUGAGAAGUUAUGUGAAUUUCCAAGUCAUGAUCCGAGAAAUUUAUCACGAAAGCCGAAGCUUGCUUAUGCAUCUAAUUUAGGUGGUCUCUCUGGUAAUGCUGCUAUUCUUAUAGCUACUGGAAGUGACUUUCAUGUUCAUGAAUUAGUAUUAUAA